AUGAAUGAUAUUGGUCGAAUGUUCAAGGGAGACACGAUGUGGGUUGAUUGGAUCAAUGACUACAAGUCAAGGAUAUAUGAUACCCUGGAUGGCCUUGCCAUUGAUAUUGAUGUGGCUGGUGUUGACAAUGCAACAGGCAUUGGGUUCGUGACCUAUCUUGAUGAAGAAGCAUUUGACAAAGUCAUGCCGGGGACUGGGGGCGCAGGAUCAACGGCUUUGCCUCCACCAGUCGAAGAGGGUCUAGUAGGAAUGGACAAGAAUGGAUCAGCAGCGUUAGCAGAUCUAACUGGAGACGAACUGGCUCAUGGGCAAGGCGCUCCGUCAGAAAAGAAAUAUGAAAGUGAAAUGGCAAUGUGAUGAGUCUAUUUUCUUUGGAACGUGGCCCAUGAGUAGCGCCAUAUGUCCGUGUAUGUAGAGUUACUAUUGAGUUUAUGUAACAUAUUGUAAGCCAACCUCUGAUGCCGCCGCUUA